AUGGCGUUACCCUUCCAUGUGAAAAUCAUUGAACAAUGCGAUGUAUCUCCACCACCAGAUUCCGUCAUACCUCCGAUUUCACUUCCUCUAACAUUCUUAGACAUUCCAUGGCUUCUUUACCCUCCAUAUCAAACCCUUUUUUUCUUUCCAAAACCUCCGCUAAAAUCCACCACCACCACCAUCAUAUCCCUUCUCAAAAAAUCCCUCUCCACCACCCUCCACCACUUCCACCCUCUCGCCGGAAACCUCUCUGCUCCACCACCACCCGCCGAGCCACACUUAAUUUACACCAAAGGUGACUCCGUCUCACUCACCAUUGCGGACUCAAACGUCAACAUCAUCCAUAUCUCCGGCAACCACCCCCGAAACGUCGUCAAUCUUUACUCUCUUCUACCAAAGCUCCCAAUUCCAUCCAUGCCACGUGACUCCCACCUGACACUCGUCCUCCCUCUUCUCGCCAUCCAGGUUACAUUUUUUCAGGAUUUAGGGUAUUCCAUCGGAGUCACGACGCAACAAGUAGCAGCUGACGAAAGAACCCUAGAUCAGUUUAUCAAGUGUUGGGCUUCAGUUUGCAAAUCAUUGUUGAAUAAAGAUUCUUUGGCUGGGUUCAAGUCUACACCUUUGUUCGAUCGGAGUGUAAUUUCCGACCCCAAUUCACUUAAAAUCACGUUCUUGAAACAAUGGUGGAGCCGAUUGAAUUCAUCUAAAGUUUCCGGUGAAGAAGUCGAUCAAAACAUCGUUCAAGCAACUUUCAUCUUGACAUCCUCCGACAUUAGCAUGAUCAAAUACCACAUACUCGAAAAAUGCAAGAUGAUAAAUGAAGACCCACCAUUACAUCUAUCACCCUACGUGAGUGUAUGUUCUUUUAUAUGGAUUUGUUUACUUAAAGUCGAAGAAGCCCAUGAUUCUAGAGCUUUUGGGAGAUGUAGGGCGUUUAGGAGUGAAUUGUUGGGUGAAGAUGGGGUUGUUUUUGCAGCAAAAUCAAUCGGAAAAGAGAUUAAGAUGCUUGAUAAGGACGUUUUAGGAGGGGCUCAAAGGUGGAUAUGUGAAUGGGAUGAAUUGAAUGUUAGGGUUCUUGGUUCACCAAAAGUGGAUUCAUAUGGGAUGGAUUUCGGGUGGGGGAAAGUCGAUAAAGUUGAGAAGUUAUCAAGUCAUCAAAAAUGUAGGGCAAAUCAUGUAAUAUCUUUAACGGGAAGUAGGGAUUCGAAAGGUGGAAUUGAGAUAGGGGUGGCUCUUACUAAGGCUAAAAUGGCUGCAUUCACAGCCCUCUUUAAUGGUGGUCUAAUGAAACUCGUAUGA